AUGCAAAACUACAUCCAGAAUCCCAGGUUUGAUCCACUGCGGCCAGGCGGAAUCGGGCUUGGACAGGCAUCUGCGACAAUGGUGAACCAGGGAUUUAUGCUGUGGUGCUACAUCACUCCGAUACUGGGCGCCGUGGUUGCAGAACAAUAUAUCGGGAGAGUGAAAACUAUUAUUUAUUCCUCGUCCGUGUACCUCUCUGGAUUGGUCAUUUUGUUUCUGUCCUCGUUAUCAAUUGCGCAGGACAUGGAAGUGUCGCUACCUGGAUUAUUAGUGUCUUUGUUCUUGAUCGGCAUGGGUACUGGCGGUAUCAAGACCAAUGUCAGUUCGCUGAUCGCAGAGCAAUAUACUGGUCCCAAAGAAUCCAGACGCGUUCUGAAAUCAGGGGAGGAAGUCAUCGUCGAUAGAGAUUUGACUAUUCAGAGCAUAUUCACAACCUUUUUCUUAUACAUUAACGUGGGCUCUUUUUCAUCCCUACUCAUCACAAUGAUUGAGAAGGAAUAUGGCUUUUCUGCCGCAUUUUCUCUUCCAGUGAUAGCUUUCUUCAUUGGUUUCGUGAUCAUCCUCGUCAGCAAAGACCAAUAUAUCAGCCGGGACCCCGAUAGCUCCAUUAUCUUCAAUGCCUGUAAGGCAUUCUGGAUUGGUAUCAAGCACAAGGGCAAUCUCCACUACGCAAGACCAAGCUACCUGACAGACCAAGUUCCAGCAAGAAGGCUCCCUUGGGAUGAUUACUUCGUUGACGAUUUGCGAAGCGCCUUCGCCUCAUGCAAAAUCUUCAUCCUAUAUCCGAUCUACUGGGCAGCCUAUUUACAAUUUCUAACGAAUUUCGUCUCCCAAGCUGCGACAAUGGAGACACAUGGAAUUCCCAAUGAUAUCAUGCCGAACAUAGACUCUAUCACAGUCCUGAUUCUCCUUCCUGUCCUGGACCGCGUUGUAUUUCCUUUCCUGCGAAGGCUGGGAGUUCCCGUUCACCACGUGAAUAGAAUCACGAUGGGGUUCCUGAUAUGCGGCGUUUCGAUGCUCUAUGCCGCCUUUGUUCAACGAACUAUUUACGCUGCGCCGCCUUGCUAUGACCGCCCAAGGGCCCCUGAAUGUAUGGGCGGGAAGGUGCCGAAUCAGGUUUCUAUAUUCCUCCAGUCGCCUGCGUACGUACUGGUCGCUGUCUCGGAGAUACUUGCCUCCGUAGCAGGUGUCGAAUAUGCCUUUACGCAGGCUCCCAAGUCAAUGAAAUCACUAAUUAUGGCCCUGUACUUGUCGACCGUAUCGGCGGGGGCCUUGAUAGCCAUGACGGUUUCGCCGCUGACAAUCGAUCCGAAACUGCCAUGGAUGUAUUUCACUCUCGGGGUGGAGAACUUUAUAGCUGGCGCUUUUCUUUGGAUUGUCCCGAUUUAA